AUGCUGACGAGGCGCAUCGGAGCCAAGUUGGAGAAGAUAUACACCCAGAACUCAUCUGGCAUGCGCCGCGACAUCGUAUCGUGGAUUAUUUGGCAAGUUUGUCGUGAUCUUGUUAAGAAACCGCAUCGAAUUCUCUAUGUCUUCCUCAAGUGGAAUAAGGUGUUUUCAGUUGGUGGUAUUUCAAUCCAAACUCAAAUCAGGCUCAAGGCAGAGACCUUCAUGGCUUGUCGUUGUAAGAUGACUGAGCUGAUUGAUGCGAGGAUCGUCGAUUCGGCCGCCGUUUGGGCCAAGCCGGGGCCGAGAGACUGGGUGGAGUCUUUGAGUGAUAGAACCAAUGAGAGAUCAUCAAAGACACUAGUCUACAUCCGGGUCAGCGCCCAAUUGCUCUCAGCUCGGUGCAGGUGCAGUGAAUUGCUGGUCGAGCACAGCUCGCGUCAAUCCCUUCGCCAGACUGCCACGGUACCUCUCUGUGAACGUCACACUUCUUCGCCGCAUUCCACCUCGCUCUAUCGUCACCAGACAACUACGAAAUCGCGAUUACGCCAGCAUUCAUCGCCUCCGAAUAAAUCCGAAGUAACAACCGUCGCGAUGGGCAAGAAGAAGCGCGGACACCCCGACGUCGAGGACGUCCUCUCCCGGCCUUGGUGCUAUUACUGCGAGCGUGAUUUUGAAGAUCUGAAGCUUCUCAUCUCCCAUCAGAAAGCCAAGCACUUCAAGUGCGACAGAUGCGGUCGCCGACUCAAUACCGCUGGAGGUCUCUCCGUCCAUCUGAACCAAGUUCACAAGGAAACUCUCACCCAAGUCGAGAAUGCGCUACCGAAUCGACAAGGCCUCGAUGUGGAGAUCUUCGGCAUGGAGGGUAUUCCCCAGGAUAUUUUGGACCAGCACAGGAACCGCAUCAUCCAGAACUUCUACCAGGCCCAAGAGGACCGCAGGAUCGCCACCGGCAACCCCUUACCUGGCCAGUCGAAACAGCCGAGGAAGAAACUCAAGGUUGAGACUCCCGAAGAGUUGAAGGCCCGCCUUGCCGAGCAUCGCGCACGACUGGCCGCCGGGCAUCCUCCCGCUACUAGUGGCAGCCCUGCCAAUGGCGCCCCUGCGAGCGCCAGCCCGGGUGCAUUUAACAACUCUCCGUACCCGCCGCCUCAAGCGCCUUACGGUGCGGCUCCCGAUCCGAACUACCCGCCUGGUGCUGCCCCUGGCGCUCCGGCCUACCCUCAACAGGGCUAUCCGCAAGGCAACUUUGGCGGUUUCUCUGCAUCAUCUCUUCCCGCGAGACCGACGAGUGGCCUUCAAGCGAUGCCCGGUCUACCUCAACGACCGCCCCAACAUGGCGGCCAGUUCUGGAAUGGCUCUGGCGCACCGCCGCCUGGCUUCCCAGGAGCAUCCACUGUCGAUGAGCUGGUUUCUGGAGCGGCACAACACGGAGACGAAAUCGACGAGCUCAUUCGCAGAGCCGAGUCCGGUAUCAAGCCAGCCAAGAAGCCCGAAGAUGAAGCCGGUGAUGAGGCCGCAGGCGACAAGAAGUCGAAGAAGGAUAAGAACGGCAGAAUGUUCUAUGCAGACACAGAGGUCAGCCCUGAGGAGCGCAUGGCGCAAAUACCGAGAUACGCCUACUGUCACUGCGAGAGGCUUUCAUCGAUUGACACGAUUUUCGAGACUCGGGACGACAACGGCAACCCUCCUGAGCGGAGUUUCAAUGGCGUAGCUGGUUUUGGGAUGUACAUAAAAAUUGUCCUGCAUUUCAACGAUCGUCGUUUCAUAGUGACCCGAAUUGCUGUCUCUGGAGCUGCGGAUGAAGAAGCUGGGAUAACCUCUGAUAUGGGCCGCGACGUGAUAGGUGGUCACGCGUCCGUAUCUGGACUUAGUUGCCAGCCUUGCUUACCUUGCUUGACGAGAUCGCACAAACGACGCAUGAUCCAUCCUUCUCAGAACAAAACAACACUGCAUCGCGUUGCGGAUCAUCGACAGAAUGGCACACGCUCGUACGCCAUUCUCUCCCACACCUGGGGCAACCAAGAGGUCGAAUUUCACCACAUGUCGAAUCUAAACAGUGCAAAGACGAGAACAGGAUGGAACAAAAUCAGGAUGACCUGCAAGCUUGCCCGCUCCAAAUUCAAGUACGCAUGGGUCGACACAUGCUGCAUUGACAAAAGCAGCAGCGCCGAGUUGACAGAAGCCAUCAACUCCAUGUACUCCUGGUAUCAAUCGGCCGAAAUAUGUUACGUCUACCUAGCAGACCUAAGUCCAAUACCUGAAGGGCUUAGGGGCACAUAUCGUUACGAUUACCUCAGAGACAAAUUACCCAAGUGCCGCUGGUUUUCUCGGGGCUGGACUCUCCAAGAGCUGAUAGCCUCAAAGCAAAUCGAGUUUUACGACAAGAAAUGGAACCUCGUAGGCGAGAAAAGUGACCUCAUAACUAUCAUUCAGGAGAUCACACGAGUUGACGUGAGCAUUUUACAAGACAAUUCAGACCUACAAACGCUCCCGGUAGCACGUCGCAUGUCCUGGGCCGCCGGCCGCAAAACCACAAGAGUCGAGGACAUUGCCUAUUGCCUCCUUGGUAUUUUUGAUAUCAAUAUGCCAUUGCUAUAUGGCGAGGGAUCAAAAGCAUUUCAAAGACUUCAAGAACACAUCGCCAAUGAGACCAACGACUUGAGCCUUUUUGCGUGGCAGAAAAAGAUCGACUACCAAGCGGCUUCAGCUCCAGGGCUCAGUGGUGUAUUCGCAGAGUCUCCAGCAGACUUUACAUACUGCUCUACCCUCAUGAGACACCGAGAUCGAUUUCAGUUCAGGAACGACUUUACCCUCACCAACAACGGUCUCCAAGUCAAGGCCCAAAAGCUCAGGCUGCCGGCGAAUGACGCUGCGGAAGCGGCGAACGAUGCUGACGCGUUCUACGCAUUGAGUCUUGAUUGUCUCGAAACCAGUGUCAGAACGCAAGGGACCCCCAAGUGGCUUGCAAUCUGGCUACUCAAGGUCGGAACGACGUUUGUUAGAGCGGUUCCAGAUCAGGUGUAUGCAUACAACUCGAGAUUACAAUGGUCUAAUGCCACGCUGGACACAUUUGAUGCCUGCAUCCGCAAGACGCUAUACGAUCACGAAACGACGCGGCUGGCGUCCUUCAUGGGAGCCAAGAUCGGAUUCGAGUACGACUCGCAGCUGAAAAACUUGAUUAUCUCCAAGACAGCGAACCCCGUGGAGGCAUGCGUGCGAUCCUCCGUCGCAGACUUUGUCUUUGACUGCCACGGGCUCGACAAUUUCGCUGGGACGCAUUGUUUCAAGAUCCAAUUCGGAUUUCCAUUACAGAAGGUUACCCUGGGCAUCAUCUGUGGCCUUCAGUGGGAUGGCUCGCGUUGUCGACCGUGGGCGGCACUUUUUGACGAGCUCUCGGUCGAAGGGACCGAAUCGGAGCUGCUGAUGAGAUACGCACAGGUGAUCCCUGGCGUUAAGGCUGAGGAGAGACUGUCGGAGAUUCGCGACUACAUGAUGUGUCGAUUCACGGAUCAAUCAGGCCUGUACAAGUCGAAUUUGAUGCCCAAGUCUGCAACCAUUAUUCAGUACGGGACUGUCAUCACACAUCGUAUCUGGAUCGAGGCGGAACCCAGAAAGAUUGACGAGGUUUCCUUCUCUCGAGGUUCGUCUUCUGCGUACAUCUUCAAGUAUGAUGUUGUUGCUUCCAUGCUCCUCUUCCCGCUCGAUAUGAGACGGCCGGGAUUGCUUGUUCGUGUGGGGACGGCAAGACGUGCCGAAGUUUUCCAAUUCACAUCACGAACCCAAGCGGUCGGGCUACUCAUGGGUGGCCGGGUAAUCUGGGGGACCAAAGUUGCUAACAAGGCGAGUUUUUUUGGUGGCGGCCGGGAUCAUGUUCACUUUGCGGCUAAAUGCAACUCUCCACUUCCAAUGUCACAACUGGUUGUUCCCCGCAGUGACUUUUGCCGCAAUUCUUCUAUCUUGUCUGCGUUUAGUUCAAUGUCUCCGAAGUCUGACCUGUUUGGUAUUGGUCUUCCAGAGUACUCAAGAGAAGCCUACUACCGUAACAUGGCACCGGCUCUUGAGCAAGUUGUGGCCGAACAAAGCCGGGCGUGGGGUAAAAGAGUCUUGGAAGCCGCUCGCUUCGAGGACCCGGCCGCGCCGCGCUGCGGGGAAAGCUCGACUCAAGCAUUUUGGAGGCUGGGGUGUCCCUCGCCCGUAUCGAGGAUGACCAUCUCUUCUCUACUGAGCAUGCCUCGUAACCUCGUCGGCCUCUGCUCCGGCCUGUCAUGGAGACCCAGGAAGUGGUCCCUUUUACCCGUCGGCCAGGAACCGUCAUCCCAUCUUGGCUGGUGUCAUCCGUCCCCGGCCGUCCAUGAAGGCGGUUCUCGUGCCAUUAUUGGUGGUUCUCCAUGUUUGUCUAGCUUGUGGUGCCGUUCCGUCAUCCUGGUCUGGGGUCUCCAACCGUUCCUGAUCCGAGGACUGAAGCACUUGCGCGCGCUAUUGGAUGCUCUGGAGCGUGAGCUUCACAAGCCCGCAGUCAUGGUGUUCGUCAACCUCAAGUCAAUCUCCCUUGUGGUCCUAUCGAGCCUGGCACCUUUGAUCUCGGCAUUGGGACAGCAACCGAUCGUCUCAUUCGAGAGUGCUUCAGGCAGCUUCCAGAUUGCCGGAGGAGAUGUCGGGACAGGCCAAAUUCUGGUAUCAGACGAUGAUUACUGGGGCGUCAUUCGGGCAGCAGGCGACCUAGCCUUGGAUUUUGGUCGGGUCACCGGCACAAAUUACACGCUCAGCAAUGGCGGAAACAGCUCCAAGCCUGCUCUGUACACCUUCUCGCCAGUGGAUGUCACCAAUAACACCGUUUACCGAGUUCUAGACGAACAGUCAUUUUCCGGUCCCAACUACACCAAUCCAGCCCCCGAUCGCACCGUUGUCAUCGCCGGCACAAUUGGUCAUUCAAAGGUCAUUGACAGCCUCAUCAAGGCCCAGAAACUCAAUACGAGUGAGGUUGAAGGACAGUGGGAGUCAUUCGUCAGCCAACUGAUCGACGAGCCCAUUCCGGGAUGCUCCCGGGCCCUUGUCAUUGCCGGUAGUGACCCUCGAGGCACCAUCUACGGCAUCUACGGCGUCAGCGAGCAGAUUGGAGUCAGCCCAUGGUACUUCUGGGCCGAUGUGCCGUCCAAGAAAGCGACUGAGAUCUACGCUCUGCCCGAACGUAAGGUCCAAGGAUCUCCUGCGGUCAAGUACCGUGGUUUCUUCAUCAACGACGAGCAGCCUGGUCUCUCCAGCUGGGUUUCAUGGAACGACACCUGGAAUAAUGCCGCAGGGUACAACUACCACUUCUACAGUCUCGUCAGCGAGCUUCUCCUGCGUCUCCGUGCCAACUACCUCUGGCCUACGCUCUGGGGAAGCAUGGUCUACGUCGACGACCCGCUAAACCAACCCCUCCUCGACGCAUACGAAGUCGUUCUCGGUGGCUCUCAUACCGAGCCUCUAAUGCGCGCUCAAAACGAGUUUAGAACAUUCUACCAGGGCCAAUGGGCCUAUAACCUCAACAACAAGACCAUUGACGACUACUUCCGCUACGGCGUGCAGCGUGCCAAGCCCUACGCUCGCAACAGCCUGUGGACGAUGGCCAUGCGCGGCACGGGUGAUACCGCUAUCGAGGGCAACUUGGGAGUCGAAGGCAUCGUCAAGAUGCUGGAGGAGCUCGUGGCCAAUCAGCGAUCCAUUAUCGAAGAGGGACUUGAAAUCGACAGUGCCUCGGAGGUUCCGUCAUUGUGGUGCCUUUACAAAGAGGUCCAGUCGUACCAAGAAAAGGGCCUCGUCGUGCCCGAGGACAUCACUCUACUGUGGGCUGACGACAACUGGGGCAAUGUCCGAAGGCUACCACUGGUAAACGAGACUGACCGGAGCGGCGGUGCCGGUGUCUACUACCACUUUGACUAUGUCGGUGACCCGCGCGACUACAAGUGGAUCAACACGAUUCAGCUGGAGAAGACGGCGGAGCAGAUGUCUUUGGCGUAUGCCCGGAAUGCGCGCAGGAUCUGGAUUGUCAACGUCGGUGACUUGAAGCCGCUCGAGAUUCCCAUCAGUCACUUCUUCGACCUCGCCUAUGACACCGAGAAGUGGGGGGUUGACGGCACUGGCAAGUGGCUCGAGGCUUGGGCAACCAGAGAGUUUGGCGGCGACCACGCGGGCAACAUCACGGACAUUUUGACGCGGUAUGGCAUGUACGCUGCUCGCAGAAAGUACGAAUUGGUUGAGCCAAACACAUACUCAGUCAUCAACUACAACGAGGCAGACGCGGUUCUGGGCCAGUGGGCCACCCUCCGCGAGCAAGCUCAAGCCGUCUACGAUGCCCUCGCUGAGGAAUAUCAGGCGGCUUUCUUCGAGAUGAUUUUGCAUCCCAUUUCGGCUGGCGAGAUCCUGCACAAGAUCCAGAUCAACGGUGCGAAGAACCAGCUGUUUGCAGGACAGAAGCGCAACCUGGCAAACGAUAUCAUUGACGAGUCCAGGAAAUUACUCGAUGCGGACGCCGAGCUGACUAUCCGAUGGGAUGAACUGAUCGACGGAAAGUGGCAGCAUAUGCUUGAUCAAACCCACCUCGGAUAUGAUGGUUACUGGCAACAGCCCAUGCGUAACACGCUCCCAGAUAUGCGCUAUGUUCAGACAGCCUUCCCAUCUCUGGGUGGCCAGAUUGGUGUCGGCGUCGAGGGGUCCAACGCCAGCGUUCAAGGUGACGACAAGUGGCACACCAACUCCGCCAACGACCUCGCCGUGCCCCCACUGGAUCCCUACGGGGCUAUCUCGCGCUACUUUGAGGUUUUUACCCGUGGCAAUACUGCAUGCCCUUGGACGGCCAGCCCUUGGCAGCCCUGGGUCAAGCUCUCCCAGUAUAAUGGCACGGUUGGCGGCAACAAUGGUACGGACAGUCGUGUCUGGAUCUCGAUCGACUGGGAGAAUGCGCCGACAGCUCCCAACGCGACGCAAGUGUACAUCAAUGUUACGACGCCGUGCAAAGGCAAAGAGAAGUACGCUGGAUCAGGACAGAGAGUCAUCGUGCCUGUUUUCAACCGGGCCGUGCCGUCCAACUUCACCAAGGGUUUUGUUGAGUCUGAUGGACAUGUUUCCAUCGAAGGACCGCACUACCAGAACAUCAUUGAGCCCAGCAACUCUACCGGGUCGAGCAACAGCAGCAGCAAACUCGAGUAUCACUUGUAUGAGAAUUACGGGCGCACGUUGGGUGGGAUUGGACUGUAUCCGCCCGAGUCGGAGAAGGUCAAGCUGGGUGAGGGACCGGCGCUGGAGUACCAAAUGUACCUCUUCAGCAACACCAGCAAAGCCAACGUCACGCUGUACAUCUCACCCACAUCCAACUAUCUCGGGGAUGGCAACCCUCUCGAGUAUGGCAUCUCGCUGUACCCGACCGGUGGAAGUGCACCGCAGCCCAAGACAGUGCAACCGGUGGGCAAGACGCAGGGGCAGAACAUGCCGGAUGGAUGGGGCUAUGCCGUGGGGGAUGCGGUCUGGGGACUCACCGGCAACUAUACGACAACGUCUUUUAACGUGACGCAGGAGGGCGCGUAUACGCUUCGCGUGUGGGCGCUUCUGCCGAACAUUAUCGUGCAAAAAGUUGUGGUUGACCUUGGUGGUGUGAGAAAGUCGUACUUGGGACCUCCCGAGAGUUUUUUGCUUGGACGCGAUGAGCAGGGCGCCGUCAAGCGGACCGCCUUUACAGAGACACCGGGAAUUUGUGUACCCGUAGUUCUGGUCCUUGGAGCGUUUCUUUGCCUUUCUUUUGCCCCGUUGUUAUCAGAUGUGGCUCAGGCGACAACAUCCAUUAUCAUUCGUCUGCUCACUGAUGGUGGUGGGUUCGGCAGGGGGAUUGGGGUUAGCGGAUCCGCUUUUGCCUCGCUAAAAAGGCUCCCGGUCGUCGGGGGCAACGGCGGCAGCUGGCGGAGUGCGCACACCGUCAGCUCAGAUCCGCCCAGCCCAGCCCGGCCCAGCACAGCUCAGACAGACAGACAGACAGAAACAGAGGGACCCUUCAAAUCAAGACAUUUCACGACCACCUACCGUCACUCCUCAUCUCCUAAUCUCUUAUCCAACUGCAGCUCUCUCCUUCCUUCCUUCCUUCCUUCCAUUCCAUCACCACCUCGCUCUCACCCUCACCCUCACUAA